AUGUAUUACUUUCAUUUCAGCUUCUGGCUGUUGCAGCUAAACUGGCACCUUGCGGUUGCCUGUGAAGGCGAUUGCGCUGCAAACCUCACAAAAGCAUAUGCUGAGGGCUACGUGCGGCUGGCCAAUCCCGUCUUCGCAGGACUUACUCGCACCAUUCAAACUUCCCUUCCGAAUGUUACCGCCGGGCAGGUCAAUGCUUUUAUAGAGCCAAUCCGUCAAAAGACCUAUAAUGCAGUCCAUGAAGAAGUCAAGAAGGGGCUCCAAUUGAUUUCGGCUCAGAACGCAAACAAAUCAGGUACCAUGAAUUUAACUUCCGACAAACUUGCUUUGAGUGUGCUUCAGGUCGUGAAUUUGGUGCUCAACGAGACACUCUCCGCUGUCAGUCAAACGAUCGCCACGCUGGGGGCUUUGGAUAAAAAACAACCAGGGGUAGCAUCUUCAGCGCCUCCAGUAAAAGUGCCUGCUGAAGUCCCUCCAAGUCCGAUAAAGCCAAUGGAAACACCUGGCAGACCUUUCGCGGUUUCCACUAUCCCUAUCAAUGCCCCCGGAGCACCCAAGUUGCCAAAGAGACAAGCCCACGAGAAUACCGAAUCUCGGGAAUUUUCAAGAUCUGCGAACUCAAGAGAGAACGGAAAACCUCAAGCACUCUCUGCCCAUCCGGCCUCGGCAGACUUUCACCCGGUCCCUGAUGCUCCUGUGCAAGAUCCCUGCGCCAUUAGGCUCAUCGAAAACAUCAUUUGCCUCCGCAAUUUGCCAAUUGUUUCUGGUAUUCUUAAGAGACGAUCGUUUGCUUCGUCCAAAUCACCUAUGCCAGCUUUACUAUCAUCUCAACAUGGACAAACUUUCAGCUCGAUUUCGAAGAGAAGCCUUGGCGAUGAAGCGACUUUAAGAGGCGUUCCUCGCAUCUACAUUUUGACUGACAUUCAAGCCGACGAGUUGACUAGUCAGGGGAGCCCGGAAAAUUUGCCAGAUUUAUCUGAUGAAAUCGAGCCUAAGAACGUGCAAUCAUUCCACAAUCCAAUUCAAAUUCCAUUCCAUGAGCUCGACCCUGGGCAAGAAGAUCGUGAAGGUCGCAGGCGCGUUGAGAGUAUUCUGCAGGAUGCCUGGAGGGUGUUCGAAGCGCGUUUCAAAAUCAAUCAAGAGUUGUUGUGGGAGACAUUUAGAAAGGAGCAUCUUGCACCAUUGAAUUAA